AUGCUAGCUCUCAUCAUCACCUCUCCUCCGGUUAUCUCCGCCGCUUCUCUCUCAAAACCUCUCCACUCUCUCUCUAAAUCCCCACUACUUCCCUUCUCUACCAAAGCCAAACCCACUUGCCCUUUCCCCAAAACCGCUCGUUCCGUCUCCAUCUACAAACCCCCGAUGAACAACCUCUUCAACAGACUCGGGUUCGGGUCUAGUUCCCAGAAAGACCCGUCUUCCGCAGCAAUAGCCCAAGGACCUGACGACGACGUUCCUUCGCCAGGUCAGCAGUUCGCGCAGUUCGGCGCGGGUUGCUUUUGGGGACUGGAGUUGGCUUACCAGAGAGUCCCUGGUGUGACGAAAACAGAGGUUGGUUAUAGCCAUGGGUUCGUGCACAAUCCCAUAUACGAGGAUGUUUGUACUGGUAUGACGGGACAUAACGAGGUUGUUAGAGUUCAGUAUGAUCCUAAAGAGUGUAGCUUUGAUAACUUGCUUGAUGUUUUCUGGAAGCGUCAUGAUCCCACCACCUUGAAUCGUCAGGGGAAUGAUGUGGGAACGCAGUACCGAUCAGGGAUAUACUAUUACACAGACGAGCAAGAGAAGUUAGCUCGUGAAUCUUUGGAGAAGCAGGAGAAGAUCUUGAACAAGAAGAUUGUGACUGAGAUUCUUCCCGCUAAGAAAUUCUACAGAGCAGAAGAAUACCAUCAGCAAUACCUGGCAAAAGGCGGUGGCAUGGGUCGGAGACAAUCGGCUGAGAAAGGUUGCAAUGAUCCAAUCAGAUGUUAUGGUUAA